UGUUAUGACCGACGCAUGAUCACGCUGAGCAACAUGAGGGAGUGAACAGCAAAGCUGGACGUGGCGAGCAAAAAAAAACAAUUUAGCUUUAAAGAGAAAAGAGAUGAAGAGGGAAGAGUAAUUGUGGGACCGUCGCUCCUCGUCUCUCUUUCUAAGAGCAUUAACUCUGGAGUAUUCUGGUGGUGACAGGAGUGUCAGGGUCAGAUGGCCGCUCAGCCUGAUUAGACCAGCUCACAGCAGAUCCUCAGCCCAGCACACACACUGCUGUCCUGCUGCAGAGGGGAGCCACAAACUGGCACAUGCAGCACGUUGCAGUGAUUACAGAGUGAGGGCCAGAAAGGACAAAAAAAAAAAAAAAGGGAAGAGUUUUAGUGGGUCAGUGUUAGCUACAGGUGGCUGCAGAAAGACUUUUCUCCCUGCUUCUGGAUGUCUCGGUCGUUUGUUGUGGAAAAACUCUGAAAGCGAGGUGACUGAGCGUCAGAAGAACUGAAAUAAUUCUGCAUUUGGAGGGGACACCGAGGACCUAAGAGGAAAUCACUUAACCAGAGAGUAUGAAGUGCAAGGGUGGAUAAAGGGUUUACAUCCACUGAUGAACCUAAAUAUCACCUCUGUCAAUGCAAGAACCGUCAGUUGAUGGAGUUUGUGCGGCAGAGUGGGGACUACUGCCACGCUCAACACAUUUAGACGGCGUCUGGGGUUAUGCUGCGCCAUGCAUAUUUGGGGUCAUGAACCCUGAAAGACUGCUAUCAUUUGCCUUAUCAACCCGCCAGCUCAUGGGGUAACUAGCGGAGUCUCAACGCUGAAAGCUGAAAGGAAAAGGAAAGAACGAGCGACCAAGAAAGACAGAAGAAAGAACGAAAGAGAAUCUGUGACAAUCACAAACAUAACAAGCAAGACUGACACUGUGUAGCCUCUUGGACUAUAGGACACAAUCAACAGAUGGGAUAACAAUCUGGACAACACAUCCUCAGAACUGGGAAUAUAACCUGCAUCAAACAGGAGGUCCACAAUCAUCAAGUUAAAGACGCGGCGAUUAAUUACUACAGCCGGGGCUAAAGGUCAGAGGUCCUCCUGCAGAGUCAAAGGUUAAACAAGCCACCAUGAACCGUCCAGCUCCUGUGGAACUGUGCCACAAGAACAUGAGAUUCCUCAUCACACACAACCCCACCGACAGCACACUCAACUCCUUCAUAGAGGUGUUAAAACGCUACGAAGUUACAACUGUGGUGCGCGUUUGCGACAGCACCUAUGACAAAGCACCUCUUGAGAAAGAUGGCAUCACUGUGGUGGAUUGGCCCUUUGACGAUGGAGCCCCACCGCCUAGCAAGCUGGUUGACGACUGGCUGGCGCUGUUGAAGAAGAAGUUUCAGGAGGACCCUGGAUGCUGUGUGGCCGUUCACUGUGUAGCUGGGCUGGGAAGGGCUCCUGUGCUGGUGGCGUUAGCUCUGAUAGAAAGUGGGAUGAAGUAUGAGGAUGCCAUUCAGCUCAUCAGACAGAAGCGUCGAGGAGCCAUCAACAGCAAGCAGCUGACCUACUUGGAGAAAUAUCGAUCGAAACAGAGACUUCGUUUCAAAGACCCUCACACGCACAAGAACAAGUGUUGCAUCAUGUGAAAGAAAAAGAAAACAAAUAAACACUUUCGCACACUCCCUCUCACACACAGAAACACUGUAUGACUACUUGUACCCCUCACGAAAUGUCUCAGGAAUCCAGAUGUACAGGCCUUACAGUGGCUAUACUGCCCCAUCCUGCAAAUGUUGUUUCUUUUGGUUUAGUGAUUUCACAUUUGUCGACAAGUGGUUUCAUUUUGUGGGAGCAUAAAAGUGGGGGAAUAGGUGAAAAAUAAUUUUGACAAGUGUAAUGACAAAAGUCUGAAUCUCACGUCAUAGCUGUGUGUAGCUGUAGAUAACGCCAGUGAGGACAUGGGGCUUGGUGAUAGGUUAUGCAUCGAGUCACAUGACUCAUCCUUUAAAAUGAUUUAUUUCUCAGAUGUUGAGUAAACCUUGUGGGGUGGGUCAGACUUUAUUGUAUUUUUUUAUUUUAUUUUUCGCUUUAUGGCUGUUGACUGCUUCUCAACACCUAAAACCUCACCAUGUUUAAGUAUCAAUGCUAACAAGGGGAUGAGUGCAUUUAGUAGUUUUGUGAUUUUAAUAGAAUAAGACACAAACCUUAAAUCAUUUGCUUGGUUUAAUAAAAGAGACUCAUUUUGUUCUUAAUGGUUGUGGUUUUGGAUUUUUCCACACAUAUUUUGGUUGUGUUUACAUCACUUGUAUUUUUAUUUUUUUCCUGAACGAUGCAAGUGCGACACUUUAAACAAAACCGAUUUUGGUUGGUUACACUGCAUGCACUUUUUUUUAUAUGUAAUUAGUUUGUCCAUGACCGAUAACGAACGAUAAUUUUCAUCCUGUCCUGUAAAAUAAUACUUGAUGAAGAAAAUUAGAGAAGGAAUUGUAAAAAAUAAAAAGCUGAUUAUGUCAAGACCGUUCAGUUGAGGUGUGUGCACAUUUUGGGUUUUGUGCCUGAAGCUAAAAGUUGAAUGUAGUAGACUAAAAAUCAACAAAGAACUAACAAGCAAAAAGCUGUAAAUGCCAGUAUGAAAUAUAAUGUACAUUUUUUUCUGCAUUGUGUAAUAAAGAUUUUGCCAACAUCUCUCUUA